GCAAUAAAGAAGAUAAAGGGCAAAGCCGUGAUGCAGCCCGGAGACACUCCAACAGGAGACGACGAGCACCAGGUAGAGGUCCAGCCAGUUGUUGAAGGUGUGGGCCAGGUGAUACCAUCGUGGAACGAGGGGAGCAUCCAAGAGGUCGUGGUCGUGGUGUAGGGAGCAGAGGGUGUGGACGUGGCGAUAAAGAUAUUGUAGCCGAGGCCAUGGAGGAGGCAGACGUUGGUGCUGAGAAGGAGGACGAGUAUAUUAAUGGUGGUACUUCUUCAGAAGAUGACACGGAGUUUCCAGCCCAAAAGAAAAAGAAGACCGUCUGUUACUGGCUCCGAGAGUUCCCACAAGUCUGGAACACGCGCCAUGAAAACUACAGGAAGACACCUGAGAAGGACCUCUUGUGGGAAGAGCAGGGCCAGAAGAUGGGGUUGACGGGCAGCCAUCUCAAACAAUGGUACAGGAGCACUAGGUUCAAGUUUGGUCAUGUCAAGACCAAGAAGGGCAAGUCCGGAUCUGUUGCCCAACCAGUUCUGACCUUCCGGGAUAAGACUGUAUGGCAGCUAUUCCAGUUUCUGGGGGACUUCGUCAAGGAGAAGGCCAAUCGGGAGCCAGUUGCCAGUCUCCGCAAGAGGAUUGCUGCCCAGGCACCCGCUCACACUCCUCCUCGUGAUCCCAGUCCAGUCCGUGAUGAAGAGCCAGCCCCCAGGCCUAGAGGUGCAGCUCCACCACCGCCAGCUGCUGAGGCUCCAGAUGCUGCUCCCGUGGACCCCCUGGUUGACCUACAUAGACAGGGCAUUCAGCUACUGGUCAGCCAUCGAGCAGCGCUAGAUGCAGUCAUUGGGAUAAAGGGGCCCCACAAGGACCGGUCUGCAUACUGUGACUACCUCAAUCAGUGCGGCCAGCAGCUGAACCAAGAGCUGUGGUCGAGAUUCAAGAGAGAGUCAUUCAUGUUUAUGGAGUCCCUCCUCGAGUAGCAGAGCAACAGGCAGAACCCUCAGACUCAGUUGCAGCCUGCCCAGCUUGCUAAGCCUGGUCAGCCUCCCCAGCAGCUGUCACACAUGCCUCGCACCUCCUACACGAGACCACUACCAGCCAACAUCUCCCAGUGGCAAUCUCCCCCACACCGUUGGCCCCAGCCCCAGCAGCUUGCAACCCAGUCUGACGUGUGGGGGCUCAGGAACCAGCCUGAAUGGCCCGGAGCAUUCAGUGCUUCAUUCAUUCGUGCCCACCUCCGGACCAGCAGCCAGACACAGCCAGCCCUAAUCCUGAAGCCAGGUUAUCUGACUUAUCACUCAGCGGCUUCGGUGGAUCCCAGUUUAGCGAGCUCAACGCCCCUACCUUUCACAGGAGUUUACUAGAUGACGAAGUGGACCUGCAACAGCAGGAAGACAUCAGCAAGCAGUAGACAGUCUAUGGACACUGCACUUGUCGUAGAGACAAAUGUGGAUUUUGGAUAGUGUUGCAUUUCAUGUGCUUAUUGUUUUAUAAUGUUGUAUACAUAGCGUUGUCUAUGACGUGUGGCCCUUGUAUGUAGCCCACUCGUGGAG